GAAAAGAAAGAAAGCAAAGAAAAGAACAGUUCCAAAAACAACUUUUAUAUGAGAUCAACCUAAAGUGGGAAAUCUGUCAUAGCUACAUAAAAGCCAUAAUAUAAACCAUAUGAGAGACUUGGGAAAGUAGAAGUACUCAUAACAUGAGUACAAGGAGCUCCAUGUAAACAAAACAUGAUGGAUUUUUGCUUUCAAGCUCCAACCUUCAUUGAAUGGCUUAAACCAUCAUCACCCAUAUCUUCACCUUCUUCCACUGUAACCCAAUGUCUCCCUCUGUUAAGCAAACUCGCCGGUACAAAUCCAUUCAAAGAGGAAGAUGAAGGGUUGCAAAAGGAGAAUUUUGGAGUUAAAGAAGACAAGUUUGGGAAAGUUCCGGUGGCCUUGCACAUAGGAUUGCCUAAUAGAGGAGACCCUGAUGAUGCCGAGAUUAAGUCCUUCAAGUUUAAGGAAGAAGAUCACGCGUUGAAAAGGUUUUGUGCCCAAACUUUCAACAUGGAGAGUAGGUUUUGGAUCCCAACACCGACACAGAUCCUCAUAGGACCGAUGCAGUUUGCUUGUUUCGUAUGCAGCAAGACCUUUAAUAGGUACAACAACAUGCAGAUGCAUAUGUGGGGGCAUGGAUCUGAAUACAGGAAAGGACCAGAGUCACUAAGAGGAACACAACCAGCAGCAAUGCUGAGGCUUCCUUGCUACUGCUGUGCUCAAGGCUGCAAGAACAACAUCAAUCAUCCGCGAGCGAAGCCAUUGAAGGAUUUCAGGACACUCCAAACUCAUUACAAAAGAAAGCAUGGGGCAAAGCCAUUUGUGUGUAGGAAAUGUGCGAAGACAUUUGCUGUCAAAGGAGAUUGGAGGACACAUGAAAAGAAUUGUGGGAAGCUAUGGUAUUGCACUUGUGGUUCCGAUUUCAAACACAAAAGGUCCCUCAAAGAUCACAUGAGAUCGUUCGGUAAAGGUCACUCUCCACACCCUUCUCUUGAAGGGUUUGAAGAUGACAACAAGAAGGAAUGCAUCACUGGCUCAGAAGAUGAAAAUGCUCACUAGGAAUGUUCACGCGGUAUCUUGGAUUCUAGUUAUGAACGUCUUACCCAUUUCAAAUCCUGAUUUUGUGGGAAUCUCGUGCACCGAAUCACUUCUUUUUUUUUUUUUGGGUAAAUGUUAGUAGACUUGUCUAAGCUUGUGCUCAGUAACAAAAAAUUCUCGAGAAAUGUUAUUGGAGGAAGCAUACAGGGAGCGGUUUGCUACGGAGCACUUGCUGAUUGAUUAGCAAUAAUAACUUAUUAUGAACAAUACUAUGCAAUUGAAGUGGUUUGGUAAUAAUUACCUUGAAGUUGUGAAGCAAAUGAAUUUUCUUCUUUCUUAGCAAUAUAUACAAAGAAGCUAUCAUAUGUUUAAGCUUUUGUAACUCUCUAAUAGAGAAAAUUUGUCAGCUUCAGAGCUAAUUGGUAAUCUUAAUGAUAUAUUGAUUGUUUCU